AUGUCCAGGCGCAGAGUCCAGCCCACCUUUCUCUGUUGUUCCGUCGCCGCUAUUGCCGCCGCCGUCCAAGCCCAGAGUCGACGGACUCUUGAAAGUGGCUCCAAACUCUCUAUCCAAACCCGUUCUUACUCUUCUCCCUCUCUUCGUUCUCCAUUCCCCAUUCUCCAUUUCAGCGUUUAUUCGUCCAAGGUUGACCCCGCAGGUACAGUGUACAGUCGCAGCAGGAAUUACGAUCUGAACGACAAGGAUUUGUCAUUUCAAAGUUUAAACCAACAGGUCGCAACUGCGGAGGGGCAUGCGUUCCACAGCGUGGUUUUGACGACGACCGAGUUUGCCGGUACAGCCAAAAACAUGGGUCCCAGUAAGCAAUGCUCUACCUUUUCGCCUGCAACUCAUUCUCUAACGCAGUCAACUUCAAUAUUAGCAUCUCAGUCAGGUCAGGAGCACACCCCUAUGGCAGCUGGCCAGGCUACGGGUUCGUCCAACAGUGAAUAUAUGGCCAAGACACAACCGGGUCAGGUUCGGUUUUCCACCAUCACCGAAGAAAUCGAGCCGCCCGACUCUUCAAACGCUCCUCGAUCACCCGAACAAGAAUCCGCGGUGCCUCCAAAGGAGAACGAUGAUUUACAAAGACUAGCAGAGAGCCUCCAAAGCUCUCAGUUGCAGGAGACUCGAUUGCGAAACUUUUCUUACGAUCCUGUUUCUCUUCCUUCGUCAAGGGUCGCGUCUCGAGAGUCAAGCGAUCGCAGCGCCCGGGAACCUAAUGGCUCCUCGUUGCCGUCUCCCCGUGCUUCUCCGAUGCAAUCGCCUCCUCUUACACCUGCAGCUACUAAUUCGCGUGAGGCCACACAUCAAGGCGUUCCUCCUAACACCAAUGUCACGAAUAGAACCGCUGCUGCAGCCAUGACUCCGCAAACAUCGCCUCCAAUAGUGGCUGAGAAAAAGGGGGUACCGCAGAGCGCGCCCUCGUCUCGGCCCUCUUCCACCGACCAACUGUCCAAGCAGAUCGAUGUUUCGAAAACGUCAUCUCAUCCCUUGAACGGGCCCAAGCAUCGGGCACAAUUCUUUCUCGGUCCCGGGGCUGAACCGAGCUCGCAGGAGGAGAGCCCGCCAAUGACACCACGAGACUAUACCCCGCCGGGCGCCAUUACACCUGUGGGAGAGCCGAACGACCCGUAUGCCCGCAGCAAGCGACCACCUCAGGCUAAGAACCUUGCCCAAAUCGAUCAAAGUGCUGGCGAUUUGAAAUCUAGCGACAAGCGGAGCGGUAUCUUCGGCAGCAAGAAAGAUCUACGACAGAGUAACAGUGGUGAAAGCAAACACCACCAUGGCCACAUGGCGGAGCUCAAGCGAUUCUUCAAAAUGGGUCACCACAAACAUAAGCGAGGCGAUUCUCCCUCUUCUAUCCCGAAGCGGUCGAGCCGCUCUUCUGGGAAGAGCACGCCCUCAGAAAACGUUCCUUUCGCCGAUGACCACGGGCUCAACACCAAAUACGGAAAGCUCGGGAAAGUUCUGGGCUCCGGAGCCGGCGGUUCUGUUCGGUUAUUGAAGCGCAACAGUGAUGGAGUGACUUUCGCCGUGAAACAAUUCCGAGACCGUCAUUCCUGGGAGACGAUGAAGGAAUAUUCCAAGAAGGUGACAGCCGAGUUCUGUAUUGGGUCAACACUGCACCACGGCAACAUCAUCGAGACACUCGAUAUCAUUCAAGAGGGAGAUCACUGGUACGAGGUUAUGGAAUACGCGCCCUAUGACUUGUUUGCGAUCGUCAUGACCGGGAAAAUGUCCAAGGACGAAAUCGCAUGCUGUUUCAAGCAAAUCCUCAGUGGUGUGGCCUACCUGCACGGCAUGGGACUGGCACAUCGGGAUUUGAAGUUGGAUAACGUGGUGGUCAAUGAGCACGGCAUCAUGAAACUCAUCGAUUUCGGCAGUGCGGUUGUCUUCCGAUAUCCCUUUGAGAAUGACAUUGUUCCUGCUUCUGGUGGGUUAUUCCAACGCGGAUCUCUUACUUGGACCAGAGUAGCUAACUUGUUUUGUGCUACAGGUAUUGUUGGAUCAGAUCCCUACUUGGCACCCGAGGUGUACGACGAAAAGAAGUAUGACCCGCGUCCCACCGAUAUAUGGUCAUUGGCUAUCAUCUUCUGCUGCAUGACACUGCGCCGAUUUCCAUGGAAGCAACCCCGCGUCAGCGAUAACUCCUAUAGGCUCUUUGUCUCGACGCCAACUCCCGGAACUCCUGUCCCGGACGCUGAUCCGAAGCGUCACCGCGCCAUUAAAUCAGCUCCAGACCUGUCGUCUAUUGAUAACGAGAGCAAACCGGCGCCGCCUGCGGAGGAGAAGAACGGAUCAUGUGAGCCUUCGGCACAAUCGGACUCGGAAAGGAAACAAGCCCCAACCACCUCCACGACGAGUGACGAGAAUCGCCCUCCUGAGUGUUCUAAAGAUAAGGUCAGCGGCAACCUCAGCAAACCGACUCGAACAACGAGCAAGGAAGCGCCGCCUCUCCCAGCUUCAGCGCAGUCAUCGAGUCAGCGUCAGGAGGUCAUCAAGGGUCCUUGGAGGCUCCUACGUAUAUUGCCGCGCGAAAGCCGAUAUAUCAUCGGCCGCAUGCUCAAGGUGAACGUGAAGGAGCGGGCCACCCUCGAAGAUGUUUUGACCGAUGAGUGGGUUCGAAACAUCCAAGCUUGCCGGCAGGAGGUAACGGGCGAGCUUAUUAAAGCUUGCAACCAUACCCAUGUCCUGGAACCCCCUCGCCAUCGCAGCCGGUCCAGAGCAAAGCCACCAACAAGCCCAGUAACAAGGCGAAAUAGGCCUUCCGUCUCGCUUGUCCCUACAAAAUGUUUCUGGUCUUACAGGUGGAAUGAUUGCUCCCGAAUUUUGGAUACGAUCUGUCUCUACCACCAUCCAUCUUUCCUCCUUUUAUUCACUUAA